CUCUUUGUUUACACCGGAAACGGAAAUGAGAUCUCGUUAGCAAACUAGCACACUUGCUUUCUAGCUUCCCAGCAGAUUCGACCGUCGUUUCUCCUUGUUUGCAAACAUGUCUCAGCUCGAUUACAUGCGGCUGUUUGCCAGCCAGCGGCUGACCGCAGCGCUCGAAGAGAUUCUGUCGGUGUUUGAAAACGUAAUCGUGAAAUACGAGCGAGACGCGGCUCAGUGUCGAGAAGUGAUCUCCCGCCAGCACGCGCUGCUCUGCACGCUGCACCAGCCUCUGAGGGAGUGGGACGCGCCUCUCACAGACUGUCUCACGCAGCAGCCGUCGUCAGGACAAGAAGCAGCUCCCUGCCAACCCAAGGAUGACAUCCCAGACCAGGAAGUCGUUCUUUCUUAUGUCAAAGAGGAAGAGCAGAAGGAGCAGCAGCUCCAGAAACUCAACAAUCUGGAGAUCAUCGGGUUUACCUACCGUUCUAAGCCGGCUGCAAAGCCACUAGUGGACCUGCAACCAUCCGUUCACCCACAAACCCUAAACUCAGAUCCAGAUGUGCAAAACGUGUUGUCCUCCGAGACUGAAGACAGUGACGACUACAACAAAGAAUCUGCAGAAUCUGAAGCGGCUUCAGAUGAAAAGCAGAAGUUUGUCAGACCGCAGGAAUCGUUCAGCUGCCACGUCUGCAGCCGCACUUUUAAGACUCGCAGGAUUCUGUUCAAGCACGUUAAAAGCCACCAGCAGGACGCCGAGCAGGUCUGCGGCCUGUGUGGAGAACAGUGCCACGCUGGUGAGGGUCUGACGCGGCACCUCCAGACGCACUUUGAAAAGAGAAAGCUGCAGAUUCAGACCAGGAGCCAGAACUGGGAGAAACGGGUUUCUAAACUCAGUGAAAACGGAGUUGAGGAAAGCCAGAAAGGAAACAAAUGUGAGGAGACGAACGGGAGCGCCGACCAAAGAGAGACGCUGGAGCAGAAGAAGACGAGUAAAAGACAGAGGACGGUGUGAACACGCUCCAGUCCGAAAUGCACUCUCUUUUUCCUAGAGUUAAACACUGUUUGUUUAGAUGCGCUGAUAGUAAAACUUGCCUCUUUUUUUUUCAUUUUUGCAGCUUUUUUAGUCUAAUUUCUUUAAAGGUUAGAUUUUAUUUAAUCAUGGAACCGGUUAUAAGUGCAAACUGUACAUUCACAAAAGACUUGAGGAGUCUUGAUUUGUAAAAUAAUGAAGGGGAGCUGCCUUUUAGGGAGGUGAAGGUUGGAGUUUAUAACACAUCAGGCUUGUUUAUUUUACAGCUACAGCAGAAAGACUUGUAAAAGACAAUAAAUAAGAUGAGAAUAUUGUUUCUUUAGGUUCAUUUUUUAAGACAAAGAAGUGUUAAAUGAUUGGUUAUUCUUAAAAAGAGAAGAGAAAUUAGUUUUUAGCUAUUCAGGAAUAAAUAUUUCUGAGUUUUUUGGCAAAAAAGUAGUUUAGAUCCAUAAAAAGGAAUAAUUUUAGGGCUCAAGGACAUUUUUGUUCCAUUUUCUAAGAGCUUUUUGGCUCUAACCUCACAUGUGGAGCGACAUUUGCUUUGUUAGCCAUCUAAAAUUAUUUUUGUCAUCUGGAAUCUGUUUAAGUUUAACUUCAAGAAUAGCAUUUUUUUCCCCAUGUGCACUUCAUCCAGUCAGUUUCAGACAUUUACGUACAUUUGAGAAGGUUAAGAUUUAAAUGAUGGAUCAAAAAUAAGCUUUCAUCUGAUGCCAUUUCACUCAAGAAAUGACUGUUCUUGAGAAAAGAAAUACCACAAGUGUCUUUGUGUUUCUGUUUUUUGCUAUCAGAAAACACUCGUAAAUCUCUCGUACCUCAACUAAGGACUUAAAAAAAUGUUGUUACUUUUAUUUUUUUAUUCUUCACAUAUUAGUAAACUGUGCCUGUAAUUUGUUAUUUUAUAAAUAAAGUUUAGAAAUUUUGAUUA